AUGGACUACAAAUGCCCGCUGAAGUCAACCCUUUCCUGCCAAGUAGUUUGGCGGGGGGCUGAUAGGGGCAUCCCUGCUGGAGUUACUGGCUCCCGUGGUGUGGUGAUUCCGGAAAGGGAGGAAGCACACUCACUAGAAAAGGAGCCUCGGGUCUCACGCCCUUCUAGGACAUGCCCCUCGUGGCUGAGGGAAGUGGCUGCGCUGCAUCUCUUGGUGAAGGGACCUGCUCCUACCGCCGUGUCUUCGGACUUCUUCCUGGAGCCUCCGGACGGCGGUCCCCGCGUGCCCGUGGGGCCUGGGCAGACUGUGCUGGGCCGCGGGCCGCUGCUGGGAAUAACCGACACAAAAGUAUCUAGAAGACACGCCAUUCUUGAGGUGGUGGGAGGCCAGCUUCGAAUCAAACCAAUCCAUACGAAUCCGUGUUUCCAUCAGUCCUCUGAGAAGAGCCAGCUCUUACAGGAGACACAUGAGUGGUGCUGGUUGCAUCCUGGGGAUAGCUUUUCCUUGCUACUCAACAAGUAGGCUUUUCGUGUUUUCUCUACACAAUCUGAAGUGGAGAUGGAGUGUACUUUAAGAAACAGUCAGAUACUUGAUGAAGAUGAUGUAUUGCGUGAGAUGCAGAAGUCCCCCGUGAUUAAUUUACCUGAUCAAACAACUGGUGCCUCACAGCUGCAAGGAAGCCCCGAAGGAACCAAGACCCAGUGUGUCGCCUUAGAUCCCGUGUCCUCUUCAGGGGAGUGCAGAGACUUCAGUGAGCACCAGCCACACCCUGCCCAGAGGAAGAGAAUCCUCCCAGCUUGGAUGUUAGCAGAAAGUUCAGCCGAUCAAAACCUAUCGUCCCCUGUUAAGGGUGGAGAUAAGGAUGUCAUCCAGAGGAGUGGAAAAGACGGAAGCUGCAAAGACAAAACCCCAGCAAGCACAGCGCAGCGGCAUGGGAGAAAGCGGUUAAGUCCAUCAGGAAACUCAAACAGCGUGUCAGCAAAGCAGGACCCUGGGAGAGAAGGCAAAAGCUCUGCUCACGAAGGAGCACUUGUUUCAUCCGAGCAUGUUCCAGAAUCGUUGUCUUCAGUCACAUUAAGCCACACAGAUGUAGAUAUUGUGAGCCAUGCAAUUCCAACAGAGGAACUUGGCGAGGUCUCCAGACAUAAAACCAUUACUAAAGCAACAACAGAUGAAGAGAGUGAGACAGUGACCCAUCCUGAGAGGCCUUCAAGUGUGCAAAGCCAGCCACUCCCCGAGAACUCUCAAGGAUCCCAUCCUGAGUCCAGCUCAGCUCCCUCUGGUCCAGAUGUGUCACGCACACACACAGCCGAUUCAGUUCUAGGCUGUUCAGAAGAAAGCGAGGUCCGGAGGACGUCCUGCAUGUAUGGGGCCAACUGCUACAGGAAGAACCCGCUCCAUUUUCAACACUUCAGCCACCCUGGGGAUAGUGAUUAUGGCGGUGAACAAGUCACAGAUGAAGGUGUGACUGGUGACAGGCCCGAGUGUCCCUAUGGGGCAUCUUGUUACAGGAAGAACCCCCAGCACAAGGUGGAAUACAGACACAGUGCACUUCCAGGCAGAGUUGCUCUCGAUGAAGACAAUGGUGAGAGCGAUCUGAACGACAGCUUUCCAGACGACGAGGAUGAGGAGUACGAGCCGACAGACGAAGAUUCCGACUGGCAACCAGGAAAGGGCGAUGAAGAGAAGGAAGACGUGGAAGAGCUUUUGAAAGAAGCAAAAAGGUUUAUGAGAAGGAAAAAGUAACCUUUCUGCAAUAAUAUAAAACUCACGUUUGUUUUUCCUUUAUGGGAGGCAUCCAGAAACUGAGUAGGCACUUCAGUAAUCACUGUCUUCUUUUAAUAGUUGUUUGCACUUGAAACAC